AUGAGACGGCACUCGAGUAUGUACGCGAGCCAUUUGCCAACCAAAAGCGCGACCAGAUCAGAGCGACGCAAGCCGAACACUACUUUAACGACAAAAAGUACGAGUUGGCUGCCACUUUCUACGGCCAGACCAAAUCAAACUCAAUGCCAUCAGAACACCCAACAACUCGUUUCAACCGACAAUAACACUCAAUCGCCUCCACAACAAUCGCAACAAUAUCUCAAGGCACAAAACGAAUUUAGACAAUUUUUAACAAACUUUAAGGAGAAUUUGAACCAAGCUACCAGCUUCCACAUCAUUUCGAGUCACGGAGCAAUCGAUGAACUCUUGUUCUAUGCCCGUCUCAUUGAAGACUAUGAACGUGUCAUCUCGUACCACAUCCAACAUCAACAAUACGAAACCGCCCUCAACGUCCUCACUCAACUCAAAGUUUCACAUCAAGACCUUUACUAUAAGUUCUGUCCUGUAUUAUUCCAUUUUAUUCCAUAUCAAACCGUAAAUGUUUGGAUGCAAGCUACCUUUUUAAAUCCAAGAAAACUUAUUCCUUCUCUUAUGAGAUAUGAUCAUUGUAAAUUACCUCAUGGUGAAAAUCAAAAUCAAGCAAUUAGAUAUUUAGAAUAUUGUGUAAAAAAUUUAAGAAAUCAAGAUAAAGCAGUUCAUAAUUAUUUGUUAUCAUUAUAUGUAAAACAAGAAGAUGAUGGACCUUUACUUAAAUCACUUUCAAAUGAAAUCUAUUUUGAUUUGAAAUAUGCUCUUCGUCUAUGUAUGAAGGAACACAAGUUAAAGGCUUGUGUUUUAAUCUAUAGUGCAUUGGGAUUGUAUGAAGAAGCUGUAGAUCUCUCGUUGGAAGUGGAUAUUGGAUUGGCCAAGGACAAUGCCGAUCGUGUCAAGUUGGAUGAUGAAGCUCUUUGCAAAAAGUUGUGGCUUCGUAUUGCAAGACACGUUGUUGAAAAGGACAACAACAUCAAAGAGGCUAUGGAAUUCCUCAAACACUGUCCACUUUUAAAAAUCGAAGAUAUUCUACCAUUCUUCCCCGACUUUACUGUCAUUGAUGACUUUAAGGAAGAGAUUUGUAAAUCACUAGAAGAUUAUAAUCAAUACAUUGAAGAAUUGAAAUUGGAAAUGGACGAUGCUACAAACAGUGCAGAUUUGAUUCGUCAAGAUAUUCAAGAACUUCGUAACAAAUAUGGUCUCAUCAAGGGUGAUCAAAAAUGUGAUAUUUGUAAUUAUCCUGCCCUAACAAAAAGAUUCUAUUUGUUUACUUGUCAACAUGUUUUCCAUUCAGAUUGUUUAAUUUCAGAAAUUAUGAAACAUUUAGAUAAUAAUUCAAAACAAAGAGUAAGAGAAUUACAAAUGACACUUGGAGCACCAGUUUCACCAUUACCAUCACAAUUGGCUGCCAUGAUGAAUAGUUCAUCAAUGCAUUUACAAAUGGGUGGUGGUGAAGAAAUCAAUCCAGAAGAUUCUACAAAGAAUGAAUUGGAUCGUAUCAUUGCCAAGGAAUGUAUUUAUUGUGGUGAUUUAAUGAUCAAAUCAAUAGAGAAACCUUUUAUUGGUGAUGAUGAAGCUGAUUUACUUACAAGUUGGGAAAUUUAA